AUGGGGGUGGGGCUGGGGUCGGGGGCGGCUAGGGCCAACAUGGGGGCAAAGAAGGGGCCGUGGGCGCUCGGGGGCGACACGGGGCUGAGGAGGGGGUUAGCUGGCGGAGAUGGGGUGAAGGGCGAUCAGGGGCGACACUGGGAUGGGGAGGGGUCCAUGGGUGGUCGGAGGCGACAUGAGGCCGAGGAGGGGGUCAGCCGGCGGACAUGGGGUCGGGGGCUGCUCGGGGCGACAUGGGGAUGGGAAGGGGUCCAUGGGCGGUCGGGGACGACACAGGGCCAAGGAGGGGGUCGACCGACGGAGAUGGGUUCGAGGGGCGGCAGGGGGUGA